AUGGCGACCAUUCCCGACUGGCUGGUCUCCGACCCCGUCAUCACCGCGGCUCUUUUCCUUGGCUGGUUUUUCCUCGUCUCCUCCGCCAGUUUUGGCCCCGUCUUUCGCUCCCUCGGUCUCAUGUUGGCGAUCAUCCUCACCAUCUUCUCCUACAUCGUCAAUAUCAUCUUCUUCUCAGUCCGUCUCAUCCUCCUCCUCAUCUCUCGCUUGGCCUGCUGCAAAAUUCUCCAGACGGUCACUGGACAGAUCGCUUUCCAGCACUUCCUCUCCCUGCACCUCGAGAAGAACAUCUUGGCACGUCUCAAGUCUCUCAAGGAAGAGCAGAGCGAGGUAGCCCGGAGGAUUAAGAAGAUGGGCGUGCAGAUCGCCGAGUGGGACGAUGCCAACAACGAUCUCAUCAAGAAGAUCCGCAUGGCAGAGCAGGGCAUCGGAAAAAAGGGCCGCGUCUGGGAGCCCGCCGAGGCUAGACAACCUUAUACAGCCACGGGGUGGGUGGACACCUGGCAGCACCCCAUCUCCUCUAGACCAUCACAGUGGCAAUUCGCUCGAUGGGUGAAGGGCCAGAUGGACCCGCGCAUUUACGAGGCCAUGGGUGCUGUCCACCAUAUGAAGGCCUGCGAGAGCGCCAAAUUUGGAGCCUGGAAACACUACCAGCAGGAGAACAUCGAUCUCCAUGAGAUUCUCAGACGUACUGAGUACAAGAGAUUCAUCGUCAACAACACCCCAGACCUGCGCAAGUAUCCAAAGACAUUCACAGGGGAGCUCUUGGUGCCAAAGUCGUCGACAUCCUAUACCUCGCCAGCCCGCCAGCAUUCUGCCCAGCCUACGACCUAUAUCGAUUUUAGCUGUCCGCUCGUUGAACGCCAGAGAAGGACCAAUGAGUUCUUCAGUGAGGACGGCCGGAUGAUGCACGUGUGCAGUCUCUGCAAAGAGCAGCACCCCUGGCUGAAGUCAUAUGCGACCCUUGAGGAGGCCCUUGCGACACCUCGAUUCUAUCCAUGCCCAGAGAGGCGCGCCCGUCCCUCGGACCUAUGUCCAAUUAUCUCCUCCGCGUUCCCCCCUGAGCCUCCUCCUGCAAAGACCCUCGCCGAGCUCGCAGCACGCCGUUCUCAGGCGUGUAAACCUCUGCGGUACCAACAGCCAGCUUCCCAUCUCGAGGCUCCGCCUGUCACCAUGAAUAUCCCGUCCUCUGUCGAACUAUCUCUGGCUGUGGAAUAUGAGGCUGCGUUGAGUUCCUCUGCUGAUCCAGUUGGUCCCUCUUUGGCUCUCACGGAGCCAAUUGUCUCGGUGUCCACCACUCUUCCAGCCGUGACCGACACACCCGCCCUGGCCACUGUUCCUGUCGAGCCCUCUCUGACUUCUAUGGGAGUUGUCCCUCUGGUCUCAUCGGAUCAUGCUCUCGAGGCCCUUACGGAAGAUAUGGAAUGGACUUUCGAAGUCCCCGUGGAUUUUAUGGAUAUGGAUCAGACUCCCUCAGCGCCGAUCUCCGGUCCCGCCGUUGCCUCUCUUGCACCUCCUUCACAGGGAGUUGACAAACCUAUCGCGCAACCUCUGGCCUUUUCAGGUGAAAUUGUUGUUGUGCGGACGCCAGUCGUCCCAACGCUAGAAUCCUUUGAUCCCACGAUCUUCCAGGAUCAAGCCUCUUUACCUGAGUUUCCCGUGUCGUCCCAAACACUUCCGGCACCUAUUCCUGCUCCUAUUUCUGUGUCAACUCCUGCUCUGCAGACCUCACAGAUCGCUGUGGGGCCUCACUUCAUGCCUGUUAUCUCGGCUGCGUCAUCAUCCAAGGUAAAGGAACCAGAGGCGGCUAAGCCUAGUGGUUCUGAAACCCUGGAGACACACGCGCCUGCUUCCAUGCAGAAAGCUCAAGUCCCGCACACCUUUAGCAUUUCCGUGGGCCCUCAUUUCAUGGCUGCUGGUCUGGCUGAGUCGACGCGGUCCAAAGGCAGUUCACCUGCUGCAGAAGAGUCAGAGACUACUACACCCACCGAGGAAGAGCUGGAACUGGAGUGGUGGAGGCUGGACAAGGCCGAAAGGGACACGGCUGAGAGAAAAGCACAGAGAGAUAGGGAGGAAGAAGAGAAGCCGAAACAGCAAGGAGAAGAGGGGAAGAACGAAGAGAAGGACAAAAGAGUUGAUAAGGGGGAGUCUUCUCAGGGCCGUCGUAGGCGCCGCCAAUGUGGUGGCGGGUCGGAGUGGGAGGCGAGAAGGGAGGCUUUGGCCAGGAAGACGGGAUACGUCUCGGAUUCGGCCGGCGACCUAAGAUAG